AUGGACUCACUGAACUCACCAACCAGAGACCCAAACCCCGGCCUCUGCGCUAAUGGCUGCGGGUUCUACGGCAACAACGCUACGCUCGGCUUCUGCUCCAAAUGCUACUGCGAUCAUAUUCUGGCCUCCCGUAUUAACGCUGCGUUGAUUUUAGAGAGCGAAAAUAAGGGCGGCGAUGUUGGGUCUGAUAAGAUCUCUGCUUCUAUUACAGAGUCUGAGAAUUAUAAGAAAGGGAGGCUGAGGUGCUCAAAGUGCGAUAGAAAGGUGGGGUUGGUCAUGGCGGCCAUCAAGUGUCGCUGCAACAGUAUUUUCUGUGCGGCGCACCGCCUCCCGGAACAGCACGACUGCACUUUUGACUAUCGGGGCCGCGCGGGUUGGAAGAAGCCAAUGCGCCGCUCGUCAAAGCAGACAAAUUGA